AUGGUUCAUGAGACUGACAGGAAUGCUCAAAUUAUGACCAAUUUCUGGGAACAUAUGGAUGGGCAGCGGGAGAUGGCUGAAGGAAAGGCCAUGGUGGAGGCUGCGAAGAACAUCGACGUCAAGUUGCUCCUGAUCUCCUCAGAGGAAAACGCGACCAAGGUUUACCAUUUCGAUUCAAAGGCACUCAUCUCUGACCACGCACGGGGCAUUAGAGUCCCAUUCGCCGACAUAUACGCUGGCGCCUACAUGAACACUUUUACUACCUUCACCCGCCCACGUCCCGCCGGAGACGGCUCCUAUGUCGUCGAUGGCGUCUGGUCUGAGGACACCCUGAUGCCGCUCCGAGAUACCUACCACGAUUUUGGUCUUUUGUCCGGCUAG